AUGGCUGCUAUGCUUGCCGGGGUUGAAUGUGCUAGAAGAAGACGGUUUCAUCAGAGCGGUGCUUUUUCAGAUUCACCUACUACGUCUGCAGCCCAUGCCUCCUCAAGGCGGUCAUCUUUUUGUUUGUACACAACCAACCAUGAAGUCCAUCGCAGCUCAUUUUCUUCCAUGCAAAGAAUCACACUGAACCAGGAAUAUCUGAAUGAGAAACUAACAGAAGUGGCUAGAGAAGCCAAGGAAAGAUUAGAUGAGAGGCUAAAAGCACAAAGGAAAUCUGAAACCAAAAGCACUAACAGGCAAGAGAGAUUAAAGGGUGGGGAGGGCAGGUCUAUGGCGGUAGGGGAUUUGAAAAUAGAAGUGUUUGGAGUGAAGAAGAGAGGCAUGAGGAGGUUCAGUUGGGCAAAGUUUGGGCAGAAAAAGAAGGCCAUGGACCAAGAGGAGUGCGCAGUGUGCUUGGAGCAGUUCAAGGUGGGUGAGACCCUGGUGUGUUUGCCCUGCUCCCAUCGGUUCCAUUCAAGAUGUCUGGUGCCAUGGCUAGAGACCAAUGCUCACUGCCCUUGUUGCAGAAUUGAGAUUUUGGCUUUAAAAAGUUGA